GGCUUAAAUACCAGGACACCCCGACCUCAGACAGCACUGCACUCUGGACACUCAAAGCGAACAGAUCUCUGCGCAGCACUCAGAUUCCCAGUAAAUCAGUUGGCAUAUAUUCGAUAAUGGCCGAGCUACUUUUUCCACAACUGGAGCGUCCUUUGCCCUCGCUGCCAUCGCUGCACUACACCCUGUUUGCCUACAGGGAGGAGUUGCGACGCCGCGAUGCCCCGUUCAUGAAGAUGUCCACCAUCAAGCUGCACCUCACGGACAACCUCAUCCUGCAGACGAUCAAGAACAUCCGGCAGUACGACACCAUAGAGAUUAUGAAUCUCAACCAGGAGAUCAACUUCAAGCGGCGGCUGACCAAGCAAAUGCGGAAGGUGCGCAAACUGGAGAAGCUCGGCUUGCACAUCGAUCCCCGGAAACUCAACGAGGACGGCCAAUGGCACUGAAGUCCGAUUAAAUGGAACUCCAGAACUUAAACUCCCUACCUAAACUCUAUCGUACUCAUACACACACCCCCACACUAUACUUACAUACUCUGAGCAUGUGAAAUUAGAUCGUAAGCAAAGCUCCUCAAGUUUCUAAAACUCCAUAAGCCAUACUAACCAUAAUAAGUCUAUCUGUUUUAAAAAAGAAAUAAAAACAAAAAUUUAAA